AUGGAUAAAGCAGAAAUAUCUCACGUGGAGAUUGCAACCAAAAGCAAGAGUCAGGGGCAUGUCGAACUCUUGCGGGGAGCCGAUGUCGUUCUUAUACCGACCCCAUCUCCUGACCCCAGAGACCCAUUGAAACUACCACCAUGGCGCAAGUGGAUAUUAUUGAGUAUAGUAUCGGCCUACAGCUGCACAGCCGUCGUACUUGCUUCGGGAAUGGGUGCCAUCUUCACUUCGGUGGAGGCAUCCUACCCGGGGCAAGAGGCUAGAGCAAACGACCUCCUGACAUACCCAACACUAUUUAUGGGGGUUGGAAAUCUUAUAGCUAUGCCCUGGGCAUAUACUGCUGGUCGCAGACCUGUUUUUCUUUUCUCCAUGGCGCUCUUGAUUGCUGCUGGAAUUUGGUGUCAAUGCUCAACCAGUUUGAGCAGCCAUAUUGCGGGCCGGGACAUCAUGUCGCUCGCCGCAGGCCAGAGUGAAGCAUUGAGCCCCAUGAUUGUCCAGGAGAUUUUUUUUCUUCAUGAACGUGGUCGGAAAAUUGCCUGGUUCAUUUUCAUUCAGAAUAUUGCAUCGGGAGUUUUUUUCGUCGUCUCCACUUAUAUGGUCAAUGCAUGGGGCUGGAGAUGGUGGUACGGCUUUUUCAAUAUUAUGAACGCCGUAAUACUCGUGUUUGCCGUUGUCUUCGUAUCGGAGUCUUAUUUUGAGCGACCCGAGAAGGCCAUGCGCGGUGAGGAUUUGUUGAGUACGAAGGAUGUUGAUGUCCAGAACCCAGAGUGUGGCGCCGAAGAAUAUGAGCCUCGCCGCUGGCGGGAUGACCUCAAACCUGUGGUUGUCAAACCUCGUCUUUCAGAUAUUCCGACUUUUUACAAGCAUGUCCUACAAGGCGUGUUUGUUCCCACGACAUUCUGGCUUCUAUUGCUAAAUGGUGCUCAUCUCGGCGUUUAUGUCUUUCAGUCUGCUACUUUCUCUACUAUUCUAAUGUCCCCACCAUACAGCUUUUCAUUCGUAUCCCUAGGAUACGUUCAGGCUGGACAGCUUGUUUGUUGUCUAGUGUUCCUACCCCUUCUUGGCUAUGGAAGUGAUUUUGUGAUUCGAUACUUUACUCAGCGGAACUCUGGUCUCUACAAGCCCGAAUAUCGUCUGCCGGUCAUUUUGAUCCCCGCAAUCGUUGGCAUCAUUUGCGGUAUCAUCUAUGGCGAAGCUGCUGCGCACCCGGAAAAGUGGAGUGUCUCAGCAAUUAUCAUUGGUUACAACGCCAGUUACUUCGCCUUUUUGGGUGCAAAUAUAGUGGGAAUUACGUACGCCGUGGACAGUUUCCCGCUCCGUGCAGCACCGUUCUUGGUGGUCAUUUGUGCCGGAAGAGGCUUUAUCUCGUUUGGAUUGAGUUAUGCGACCCUUCCAGCAGUUCACAGUAUUGGAUAUGAUGGAACGAUGAUCGUAGAGGUCAUUAUUUGUGGUGUUUUGGCUCUUGUGUCUAUUCCGAUGUUUUUCCUUGGCCCUCGGAUGAGAAAAUUGGCACAAAAGUGGUUCAGUGUGGAAGAUAAGGAGUAG